GCGGGGUCGGCGUGUGUUUACAUCCGGCCGGGGCGCGCUGCCGCCGCCGCCGCCGCCGCCGCCGCCACCUGAGGUCGUUCGGCCGGGGUCUGAGCCGCCCGCAUCAUGGACACCAGCGAUCUCUUCGCCAGCUGCAGGAAGGGGGAUGUGGGCCGAGUGCGGUACCUGCUGGAGCAGCGGGACGUGGAGGUGAAUGUGCGGGACAAGUGGGACAGCACCCCCUUGUACUACGCCUGCCUGUGUGGGCACGAGGAGCUAGUACUCUAUCUUCUGGCCAAUGGAGCCCGCUGUGAGGCCAACACCUUUGAUGGGGAGCGCUGCCUCUAUGGGGCGCUGAGCGACGCCAUCCGCCGGGCCCUGCGCGAUUACAAGCAGGUGACAGCCUCUUGCAGGAGGCGGGAUUACUACGACGACUUCCUGCAGCGGCUUCUGGAACAAGGCAUCCACAGCGACGUGAUUUUUGUGGUGCACGGGAAGCCCUUCCGGGCACACCGCUGCGUCCUGGGUGCACGCAGCACCUACUUUGCCAACAUGCUGGACACCAAAUGGAAGGGCAAGAGUGUCGUGGUCCUCCGACACCCACUGAUCAACCCUGUGGCCUUCGGGGCCCUGCUGCAGUACCUGUACACAGGUCGCCUGGACGUCGGUGUGGAGCAUGUUAGUGACUGCGAGCGCCUGGCCAAGCAGUGCCAGCUGUGGGAUCUGCUCAGUGACCUGGAGGCCAAGUGUGAGAAGGUGUCCGAGUUCGUGGCGUCCAAGCCAGGCACGUGCGUGAAGGUGCUGACCAUUGAGCCCCCCCCAGCAGACCCCCGGCUUCGGGAGGACAUGGCCCUGCUGGCCGACUGUGCCCUGCCCCCUGAGCUCCGCGGUGACCUCGGGGAGCUGCCCUUCCCUUUCCCCGAUGGUUUCAACAGCUGUCCUGACGUCUGCUUCCGGGUGGAAGGUUGCAGCUUUCUCUGCCACAAGGCCUUCUUCUGCGGCCGAAGCGACUACUUCCGGGCCCUGCUGGACGACCACUUCCGAGAGAACGAGGAGCUGGAGGCCUCAGGCGGCCUCCCGGCCAUCACCCUACAUGGCAUCUCGCCUGACAUCUUCACCCAUGUUCUCUACUACAUAUACAGUGACCACACAGAGCUGCCCCCGGAGGCGGCCUACGACGUGCUGAGCGUGGCCGACAUGUACCUGUUGCCAGGCCUGAAGCGGCUGUGUGGCCGCAGCCUGGCCCAGCUGCUGGACGAGGACAGUGUGGUGGGCGUGUGGCGUGUGGCCAAGCUGUUCCGCUUGGCGCGCCUCGAGGACCAGUGCACCGAGUACAUGGCCAAGGUCAUCGAGAAGCUGGUGGAGCGGGAGGACUUCGUGGAGGCCGUGCGGGAGGAGGCGGCGGCCGUGGCCGCCCGGCAGGAGACGGACUCCAUCCCGCUGGUGGACGACAUCCGCUUCCACGUGGCCAGCACGGUGCAGACCUACAGCGCCAUCGAGGAGGCACAGCAGCGGCUGCGGGCGCUUGAGGACUUGCUGGUGUCCAUCGGCCUGGACUGCUGACUGCCGGCUGGCGAGGGCCCCCUGUGGCGGCACGUGUGGGCGCACAUGCACGUGCAGCUCUUUCUGUUUCUUGGCCCCUCGGGGGCACGGCGGGGGCAGAGGGGGCUCGGUGGGGUGCCCCUCCCCCCACAGGUCUGGGGGCCCCAGAGGAGAGUCAGGAUGAGCCCCUUCCCCCAACACGAGCCAGCCCCCAAGGCCCUGGGGCUGGGCGCCACUCAGGGAAACCUGGGGUCGGGGUCUCUUAGGGCCUCCCUUCCCCAGACCUCCUCCCUCCCCCCUCUGUUCCGGCCGUGGCGUGUUUGCUUCCAGGCCAAGCCCAGCAAGCCGGCUUCUGCCUGGCGUGGAGUUGGCCCAGAGGAAGCAGGAGAGUCUGUGUGUGGCAAUAAAGCUUGAAUUCACCGUGGG